GUGUAUGCGUUCACUCCCUCGCACGGGACAAGCACCCUGCGACAGCAUACGUGUCGCAAGGAACCGAAGGGGGCAGGCCUCAUGCGCCUGUUUGCUACCUCUACCGAGCCCACAACAACUCAAAAGAAGAGGAUGGCCAAAAAGGUUGCCAUGUGGUGCUGCAAAGAUUUGCGGCCGUUUACCGCGGCAGAGGACCAGGGUUUAUUAGAGGUUGUGCAGGAGGCGUACGAUAUGGGCGUAGCAGUGGGUAAGUCCAUGCACAUGGGGAAGGUGAUGCCUGUCCGCAACACGGUGAAACGUCAUGUUGUUGAGACAGCAUCCACUGUCCGUGAGAAGACUGCCACACUGAAGUUGGAGCAGUACUUGGAGCCGACAAUACACCUUGUGGCAUUUGAGCGGAGUGCCCUUUUGGAGUAUUGCAAACCUCGUAACGAGCCAUACAACGGCGAGGAUGCCGAGGGCAACAAGUUCACCAUUCCAUCCGACUCCGAUGACAUUGCAGCCACCAAGAUGUUGAUUAAGGAUGUGCUGCGGGAGAAGUGGAUAUUGGAGGAUCCUCACAUUGCCGCAACUUUGCUUGAUCUGCGGCAGAAGGAGAGGUUGGAAUGUUUUGUUACCACGCAGCCUGCUGUCUCGCAACCUGUGCAGCCACAGGGCACACAACUGCAACAGCUAGCACAGCAACCUGUAUCACCGGGUCCACAGCCCGGGGUGGUGCAGGGACCGAGACAAACUCAGUGGGUUCCAAAGACGGCCAUCGCCGCUCCCAAACCUUUUACAGGGGACAAGAGAGGCGAAGACCUCGACACUUGGUUGAGGGCAGUGCCGGUCUACGUCAGGUGUAAACUCACCUUGCCGCACGAAGAAGUGCUUGUGGCUGCAUCCUACCUAGAGGGUAGUGCAGCAAGAUGGUUGAGUGGUUUAGUACAACUCCAGGGGCACGGUCAUGACUUCCGCUCUUGGGCAGCCUCUCAGAAACUGGAGGACUUCCUGAAGAUGGUGGAAGAGAGAUGGCAUAAUCCUCAGGGGGCCCAAAAGGCCAUUGAUGCGAUCCUGACAUUGCACACGCGGCAGUAUAAGUCAGUUAGGGAAGCCACUGAUGCUGUUGAGCGUCUAAUCUGUGUCCCAGGUGUGCGCUAUGACCCCCCGGGUUCUGCUGACUUCGUACUUGAGAUGCUUAUCCCAGCCUCUCAGGAACCAAUUGGCAAAAGAGGCCAACAUCAAUAUGCACAACUUCCUUCGUUCAGCAAGGUGGCCCUAGACCUAGAAGCAAAGAUAGGGCAUGGACAGACACCCACUACGGACGGGAGGAAGAAGACACUACCUCCCAUCUGGAAGGCGAAGGGUCGCAUCAUGUUUGUCGACAACGAUGGUUCAACCAUUGAGUUGGACGGCAACUUCCAGGAGGGAGUAGGUGCAGAGGCAGGUGGCGAUACUUCAAAGGGUGGAGUAGUCGCCGCCGUAACCCAACAAAAAGGUCAGUAUUUUCCGGGUGCGUCGAUGCACUCCCUUCCAACGCAGACGGAAGGGUGCACGGUAUCUUUCAAUUUUGGGCCAGAAUUUUGGCUGCCUCCCAAAAUACUGAAGGAUGGCGUGGAGCUCGUGUAUCAACCAAUGUCAAAAGCCCCCUCAUUCGUACACCCCGCUUCCCUGAAUCCAGAGAACCCGCUAGAGAACAACGGAAGCAGGGAGGUUAAUGACGUGGCAAAUGGCAAGCAGUGGACCAUUGAGAACACAUGUGCAGCACCUGUCUCGGGGGCGGGAUCUGUUAUGGUGGCGGCCACGGCACAGGAGAGAACCUCGGCAGGAUCGGAAUGGUCAGGUGACACUUUUAGAAAUGGAACCAGGACAAGAGGUGGACCCAAGAGACGAAGUUGGCAGAGAGGAGAGAGUGAGAUGAAGUGUGGCGCUGGCCUUGGCGAAGGGUCAACAGGGUGGGAAGGUGAAGAGGAUGAAACUGUAGAGAGGGCAGAGAGAGAGGUGGAGGAUGGAGGGGCCGUAGCAGGACGAAGGAGAGAUAGGAUGAUGGCUGGAGAUCUACCCCCAAGGAAAGGGGGGGUGGUGGGGGGCCUGAGAAGGGUGGUGGCAGGUGGAGGCCAGCACAACAGGGUAAGAGAGGAAGUCUUCUUUGGGACAGAGCGGCCUAGUAGAGGAGCUGCGGGAGUCAGAGGAGCAGGCACCCGCGAUGGGCCACAAGGAUCGUGGGAAGUGACAAUGGCAGUGGCCGGGAAAUCAAAGCCUAGAAGCACCAACGUGAUUGACAGAGCACUGGGUGUCGUCAGCAGGAAGGCUCUCGCGAAAACUGUGGGCAAGGGUAGGGGAGCGACUGGUGGCGGCGGUGGGUUGAAGACAAAGGGAUUGGUAAGGAAUUUGCAAGAGCAUGGGCUGAAAGUGAAGGGACUGAAGCGCGUGGGGGUCGCUUUCCUCUUUCUCUGGAACCUUGCGCUGGACCUCCAGGUUGAGGAGGAGGAGGAGGAGAAGGGGACUGAAGAGCAGGAGGAGGCGGAAGAGAGGGCAGAGCAGGAGGAGGGAGAGGAGGAGGAGGAGCUGCAAAAGACACAGCAGGAGCAACAACAAUAAGAGGAGGGGGCAGGCAGGACGAGGAGGGAGAGGGGGCGGAGGAGGAGGAGGAUGAGGAGGAGGAGAAGGAGGAGGAGCUGCCUGCAGGAUUCAGAUUGGCUGGCGGGAUAUGAUUGAGAUAAUGUGUGGAAAAUAGGUCAAGUUGUUUGCCAAUAUUAGGAUGGAGAAAUGGUAAAUACUCCAUUUACAACAGGAUUUUUUUUUGGCUAGGUAUGAUCCAUACAGGGUGGAGUGGGUGCCCAACUAAAUGUUAUACAGGAUGAGGGUCCUACUUCACACAAUACCUAGCCACACAACACU